AUGGGUAGAAAGAGCACUAAAGGUACUCCAGCGAGACAAGUUGCUGUCGAGGAAGACGCUGAAGAAGUCGUCGUUCCGCCAAAGACACCUGGCAAGUCGCCAAAAACGAGAGCUCAAAAAGCACUGGCUACUGGAGCUGCCACACCGGCACCGAAGACUCCAUCUCGUGCUCAAAAAACACCAGCUGUUACUGAAACUCCAGCUCCGAAAACGCCUUCUCGUGCUGCCAAAUCACCAGCUCGCGCUGUCAAAACUCCAUCUGCGGCUGCCACUCCCAACCGAAAAACUCCAACUCGUGCUACUAAGGCAGUUGCCAAGACUACUGCAAAAAAAGUUUUUGAGGUUCCGAGUGACGAGGAAAGUGAGGAGGACGAGGAGUUGCAGGUAGUGAAAACUGUUCCACCUUCGAUUGCGGUUCCAAAGAAAGAAGAAGAGAAAGGUUCGGAUGUCGAAGAGGAAGACUCAAGUGAUGAUGAAGAGGAAGAAGGAGCGGAGGAAUUGAAAAAGGCAUCUACUCCAAAACAGGAAAAGAAAAUCAAUGCUAAAGAGAACGCUUCGAUUCAAGCUGCAAAAGAUCAGGCACCACAAGCAAUCAGUGCUCUCAAAAAGUACUUUGCCGACAAGAACGAGAAAUCACUCUUUCCUGAUAUCGAUUAUGCUCUCAACUUGACUGUCACCUACAAGCUUCCUGCUGUCACAACAACUCAAGGAAAGAUUCAAAUCCAGCUGCCGAAUUCGACGCGCACUAUCAACAACACAUCUGUCUGCGUCAUUAUGCCAGACUUGGAUCAGUCCGAUGCCGCCAAACGUGAUUUCGAUGUCGAAAAGCAAUCUCGCGAAUGGGCCGACAAAAUUGAGGCAGAUCAUGGGCUCACUUCUGCACAUAUCACGAAAAUUCUGACAAAGCGAGAGGUUGAGAGAAUCGCUCACACCUACAAAGACAAGCGCUCGCUUGCUUCAUCGUACGACGUGUUUAUGGUGGACGGACGUGUCUACAAUUCGGUUAAAAGUUUCCUUGGAAAGGAAUUCUAUAAAGUGCAUAAGUCGCCACUUCCAUUCGUCUACCAUAAACCCAUGAGCACGGCUAUCGAAGCAGCACUCCGAACAGUCGUCUAUCCUCUCAGAAGAUACAUUACCAGAGCUGCUGUCGCGGUCGGUCAUUUGGGACAAGGAUCAGCUGAACUCAGCGAGAACAUCAACACAGUCAUUGAGAAGAUCGGGCAAAAGUGCCCAGGAGGGUUCGCCAAUGUUCGUAACAUCUACUUGAGCCCGAGCAGCAACACACCGUCGCUCCCAAUUUAUGCGGAUGAAGGAUCGGCCACUGAAAUCCAUCUCCCAACCGGAUCUGCUCGCGACAACAGAUCACUCCAUGAAACCGUCGACGAUUGCUCAACUCUUCCAGAUGGUCUCAAAGUCGCGGUUCGCAACAAUGCUCGUAUCCGUGUCCUAAAGGAAGAUACCAAUGAUGCGGUUCUGUUCCCAACUGUUAAUGACGAGCACUCGAUCCGUGACAGACUCAAACCAACUAUUGAUCCAUCCAAAGUGUUGAAGAAGCGUGCCAGAAGAGCCAAGGGAAAGGAAAUCGUCAAGAAGCAAAUCAAGAGAAGAAAGGAAAAGAAGCUGAAAAAGAGAACUGCUGAUGCAUCAUCCGCAACACCAGUCGUCGCCGCCAAGAAGGCGAAAGUCUCUCAAUAA